AUGGACCUCGUAUUUUCUUCCCCAACCCCUCACAACGCUUCUAUCUCUCUUCAAACUGGAGAGUUGGUAUACGAAAUAUCAACUAACGACACUAAACCGGACUCGUUGGGAUUAGGACUGGGGGCGAGGCGUACGGUUGUCAAAAAGUUCAGCGUGGAGACCCCGAGUAUGACACCAACGGAGAUUGGGUACAUCGAAUUGCACACUUUACACGACGAUCGGUGUGAGGUGUAUGGGAGGGAUGUGAGACCGAAAGACAAGCGGAAAUGGACAUCAUCGAACGGACAAGAGUACACCUGGCAGAAGAAGGACAAAGUAUCGCUGCUCGACGGAUACCAAAACACGGUAGCAGUCUACGAACCCCAACUUUCGGGAUUUCCCAGUGACAAGCCUCGGAGUCCAUCUAGAUUAUCAAUAUCUCCAGGUGCAGGAUACGGAAGAAUCGUAGAUGAGAUUCUCAUCACUUUUCUUUAUGUUCAACAAAAGAAUGCUACGACAAGUAAAUCGGAGGGUAUGAGCAAUCUUGUAGGUAAUGUAGUUGGCGCGUUUGGGUAUGCAGGUGUUGCAUGCUGA